UCUGACCAAACGUUACAUAAUAGACUGUACAUAACCUGUAUCUAUCUAUCCGCGGUAUCCCUCUAUUUAUUAAUCUCUCUCUCUCUCUCUCUCUCUCUACACAACCAGAAAUUCCAAUUCCUUGCUCCCUCUCAUCAAUUUCGUCGUCGUCGGGGCCGAAGAAAAGGGUUUCAUAUUAAAGAAUACUGAUGGAGGACCACCUGGUUUUGAGUGUUGAUCGCCUUAUUAAACCCGAAUUAUUGCAACCACCUCAAGGUGCUGAGGUCCCCAGAGCUUCUGGAGAGGGUUCUUGCUCACACACGGCUAAUCUGUCGACUUCCACCAUCGAUAUCAAGGAUGUGGAGGACCACGAAGGCAAUGAUGAACUAGAACCACUUAUUCAGAUGGUUGAGUGCCGCAUAUGCCAGGAGGAGGAUAGCAUAAAAAAUCUGGAGACUCCUUGUGCUUGUAGUGGCAGCCUGAAGUUUGCUCAUAGGAAGUGUGUGCAGCGCUGGUGCAAUGAGAAAGGAGAUAUAACUUGUGAGAUCUGUCACCAGCCUUAUCAUUCUGGUUAUACUGCCCCACCACCUGCUCCUCGCUCCGAAGAUACUACCAUUGAUAUCAGUGCGAGUUGGACAAUCUCUGGCAAUCCUCUGGACUUGCAUGACCCUCGACUUUUGGCUAUGGCAGCAGCAGAACGGAAUCUUUUGGAGGCUGAAUAUGAUGAAUAUGCUGAUACCAAUGCAGAUGGCGCUGCAUUCUUCCGCUCUGCUGCUCUGAUUUUAAUGGCUCUUCUACUUUUGAGGCAUGCUCUAAGCAUCGGAAACGGUGAUGAUGAUGAUGAUGCUUCCACCUUUUUCUCUCUUUUUUUACUACGGGCUGCUGGUUUUCUUCUCCCAUGCUACAUUAUGGCCUGGGCUAUCAGUAUUCUUCAACGUCGAAGGCAAAGACAGGAUGCCGCAGCAGCACUAGCAGCGACAGAAGUUGCCUUCAUGAUACAGCAAGGGCAACGUCGGGGAUUGCACUUCACAAUACCACCGGUGCCCGCAGCGAUGCCAGGGCCUGCAGUUAAUCCCCCUCAAGAUCCCGCUCAAUAAUAUGUCAUUUCCAUGGGAGUAAUUUUUAAUAAGGCCUAGAACUAUGGUUGGGGAAUUGAGUGUACCUCGCUAUUCAAUACACUGGCUGUUAAACCAAAAGUAUUUAUGUUGGAUUUCUACCCAACAAGUUGUAUCUUGGCUUCGCUUUUGAUUUCCAAAAGCCUUGGCUCCCUUUCUUUCUUUCUGUUUCCCCUGCUCCAUUACACUUGUUCGUAGAUAUUGGGUAUGAGAACAGCAUCCUGCUACAUGUAUUUAUCCGAGUCAUUUUACAGUUUACAUUUGUGUGAUGAAGUAGAUUCCACUGAUUUCAAUGUAUGUGAACUGUUCUAUUUUCUUCAA